CAAUCCUAUACAAUUACGUCUCCGUAUGUCGUGACGAUAAAAUCGUGUCGUUACCGCGGACUACACGAUAAAGUAUAAAAGCAUCUAAUCGUAAAACAAAGGAGAAAAUCCUCAAAGGAAAUAGCAAUUUAUAAAUGAUUAUUUACGUUUGCAUUGCAUGUUUAAAACCCAGCUAGGUAUUCCAGUAAACGUAACCCUGCAGGCUUCUAGUCGAGCUUUCUAUUAAAUAAUUCAGCAGCUCAUACCACAUCAUGACAUGAUAUGAAUUAACAUCAAUUACUUAGUAGGGCGCAGGACUUGUUUUAGCGCAUGCGCGGUGUGCAAAUACUGCACUGCAUUUAGGACGGUAUUCAGUUCAACAUGGGUUGACGCAGUGUGUGCAAAAUGAGGGGAGGGAGCUCCGAACGCCUGGUCGUGAGACCUACGAAGCGCAGAGGCGAGACGCGUGCAAAACUUACUCGGUACAUCACUGUGGUUCUAGCCGCUUUGCUCGGAGGCGGUGCUUCAGCACUCCUUUUCCUCGUACCUCUGUAUGCGGACCCUGCUCUGAGUGCUCUAGCCGCGGACUUCGACCCUGUACCCGCGGAAUGCAUAACAGAACGCCGAGACGACCGAUUAGGCCUAGAUAACUGCACAUGGGCUUCCUGCAGAGAAGGAUGUACAAGCGAUGCAUACAAGUGCACACAAUUACACGUGAAAUAUAAAGCGCACAGCGACGAAUGGCGUCCAGCAGUGCUGUUCGUGAACAUAAAGGGUUGCGGUUACCCUCCAGUCGUCGACUGCGAGAACUUCACGAUCAGCUACGGGUACGUUGGAGCGAGAUACAGUUGUUUUUGGUCGCGGGCUGACACGAGUGUGGUAAUUCCUCGCUGGUCGAGGGGAGAACAGGUGGCUACAGUGACCAGGACUUUGGCUCUACCGCUGUUUCUGUCAGGCUGUGCUGGGAUUGGACUCUGUGCAUUGCACUGCGAGUGCCGGCCUCGGCGCCGCCGUCGCCCGCCACGCCGCCCUCCGCGCCUGCCUCCACUAUCUCCAGAUGACGCAUCGGUCUACCGGCUUGCCUAGCUUCUUAGGUACAAACGAACCUGGCACAAGGAUAGUUACCUAUAUUUAAUAUUUAGAGUGUAAAUAAAAUUUGUAAAUAUACAUAUUAAUCUAC